ACCUAUGCACAGGCAGCAAAGACGAAGGGUGGUCAGCUCACACCACAGGAGCCCCCAGUUCCAAAAGGCUGAGGGACGGCGGCACGAGGGCGACCGGAGGCCAACCAUCAACCCAGGCUCCGCCACGGGUGCAGGAGGGGCGGCGCAGGUAUGCGGAUGCUGUCAAAGGUAUCCGUAUGGCUGUACUGCCUCAAAACUAUCCGGCGGAGUCGGAGCAACUCACGGUGCUCCAAAACCUCCUCCUGGAGGAAGUAUUUAGAGGUGCGGAAUACGCGUCGUCAGCAGCCAGGUUUAGCAUGGUGGUCAAGAGGCCGCACAAGCCUGCGCCCACGGGGAGCAAGGAAGCGGGGAAGGCUGCCAUUCAGCCGAGCGGCAGCGGGCCCAAGCAGGAUACAAUGGUGGCAAGCAAUGUGGUGGAGAGGAUGCAGGUGGACGACGUGGCAAAACAAUCGGGCGUGAGCGCAGAGCUGACUACGCUAGUUGCAACAGCUGACAUCCCGGCUGCCCAGGAAACCGGGCUACCCUCCACCCAGGAACUCCUCGAGGGACUAGGCGACCAGGAGGACAGCAGUGCGUACGACGGAGGGGAUGUGGACAUGCCCCCUUCGAGCCAAUACUAUAAUGGCCGUCGACGUGGAAGUUGCCCAAAUGAACCUGCAUCACGCGACGGGGGCCUCGGCAGUCAUAGCGAGCAGGUUCACACCGGAUAAGUUGGGCUUCCUGCUGAUCCAAGAAACUUGGGUCUACAAAAGUGAGGCCAAAGGCCUCAAGACGGUACACAACAAGGAAAUCUGGGACCUCUCUAAGUUCCUGACGCAGGACUUGGUGGCGGUACAGGCCAGAGACUGGGAAGGCAGAGACUUCGUCCUGGCAUCAGCCUACUUCCCAGGGGAGGCAGCUGUAGCACCCCCUGAAGUGGUUGUAAGGCUAGUGGAGUACUGCAAGAACCACAGGCUACCCCUCGUUAUCGGAUGCGACGCGAACGAUCACCAUGUUGAGCGGGGAAGCACGGACUGCAACACAAGGGACGACGCCUUAUCCAGUGCAAUCCCGCGAAAACGAAAGCACUUGCCCGAGUCCUCUGGCAAAGAAAAAGGGAAGUCCAGAGGGUGAGACUUUAAAUUUCAAAAGAGCCCCGUCACCUGAAGGUGAUAUCUCUGAUGUUCCAGAUGCUAAUUAUGAUGAAGAAUCACAAGAUUCUGCCAAUGAUAAUAACUCCGCAAUGCCUGAUUAAUUAAUCUCGAAUAUUAGCUUUCAAUCUUCGACGACUGAUCCAUUGAAGGACUCGGAUUUUGAUACUGAUGAUACUAAUCGAUGCAAGUGGCAUAGAAAAUUGAUUGCAAACGUGACGGGCGUCUACUCUCAACCUCAACCCGAUAUAGGAAGCCGCAAUAAUCUCGCUGGUCAUUCCCAUCCUGGCUGUUGCGUAAUGGCAAUUUUGUGAAAAAGCCUACUUUGAUUAACACGAAUCAUUAUUUCGCAAUCAACACUUUUGGUUUCGAUUCGAUUAUUCAAAUUUUAAGCACGGCAGCUAUGGAUGACGAAAAUUACAAUCAGGAGAUGAUAAAUUCAGAGAAUCCAACUAUGAAGUUUGUUUCUGAUUUUGUAAAAAAAAAAUGGACCAUCUCAACGCAUAGAAAAUGACAGACUGAAAUUACUAACAGAGUUAUUUCCAAGUAAAGAGUGUAUUGGCGUGAUCAAAGCACUGAAACCUUAUAUCGUUGAUUUGAAAGAUUAUUUGUCGUCAAUUGUUAAAAAAUGUUUCUAAUCAAAACCUUCGGCAUUAUGUCACUAUACGUGCCUCAAUUGUGGUGAAUACACAGUACCAGUACCAUUUUUAUAUAUUAACCAUAAAAAUUUCAGGGAGCCGAAUUGAUUUGAAGCUCUUAAUUAACGAGCAUAAACAGUACUCUUGUAUUAAUUCAUCAUGUGAAAUGCAAUGCAGUGUUAACACUGUAUAUUCAAAUCAAGUGUUCGUGGAGUUGAAUGUUCGUCCGGAUUUGAGCUACAAAUCUUGGAAACGUUGUCGACUGAAGGAGUUUCCCACGACAUUGGAGUUAAACGCCACAAUU